AUGAAUGAUGUUUUCAACAUUGACACAUCUCUCAAUUCAGAUAUCCGGUUUGGAGGCAAGGUUAUUGUUUUUGGUAGUGAUUUUAGACAAAUAUUACCUAUUGUUCCAAAUGGUGGGAGACAAGAGAUUGUUAAUGCCUCCUUAUGUUCGUCUUAUCUGUGGAGUAAAUGUAAAUUGCUAAGAUUAACAAGAAACAUGAGGUUAACGGUUGGAAGAUCUACAGCUGAUGUUGAAGAAAUAAAUACUUUUGCCAAAUGGCUUUUGGAUUUGGGUGAGGGUAACGUUGGUGGUCCAAAUGAUGGAGAAGCAACUAUUGAAAUACCACAAGAUCUUUUGAUUACUGACGCAUCUGAUCCAAUUGCAAGUUUAAUUGAUUUUGUUUAUCCAUCAAUCUUGGAAAAUGUAGACGACCAUAACUAUUUCAGCGAGCGGGCUAUACUUGCACCUAAAAAUGAUGUUGUUCAUGAGAUUUAUGACAGGUUGCUAGCAAUGUUUCCUGGUGAAGAAAAAGAGUAUCUUAGCUCUGACAGUCUUUGUCCGUCUGAAGAUGUAAAUUCUACACAACAAAGAAUAUACUCUCCGGAUGUGCUCAAUGGUCUUAAAAUAUCAGACUUACCAAAUCAUAGGUUAAUCCUUAAAGUUGGUGUUCCAGUAAUGUUAUUACGAAAUAUUGAUCAACGGAAUGGAUCAACGGUACAAGGCUAUAGGUAA